UCAAUUUCAAUUCAAUCAUGUAUCUGUCUCAACUCAAUACUUUGUUUGUUUUGGCCUCGGCUGCUUUCCAGCAGGUAGCAAGCGAGCCACUCCCUCAGUUUCCUGUCACUUUUAAAGGUCCAUUCUCAGUUGAAGAAGGUGGCAUCCAGAACAUUAAUGUCAUCUAUGAGCAUGCCGUGCAUGGUGAGCUGACCGUAGCAUACGGACCAUGCGAAGUACAGACAUCUGAGGAAGUCCAUCACCGCGUAGGCAAAACUCACAUUGGUGAUCACCACCUUGCAGCGCGACACAUCGACUGGGACGAUCAGCGACCUACGAAAUUCGUGUGGAUUGUUCCAACGAGUAUUGACGAAGGAUGUCUUCAUGCGUACCUGGAGGACCAACUGAUUGGCACUUCGCCAAGAUUUACAGUCAAAAAACGUGUGGUGAAACGCGGAGCAACUUUUGCUGAUGUCGCUGACCCGAUGGGCCCUUGAUUUGAUGGAGUUGAGUACUUGAAGCAGAAAGAACCGGACGCUGUUUUCGUGUCGUCCGUCAAGUCAAAGAGGUUCGGAAUCCUGGGUGCUGGAAUUUCAGGACUACAUACAUCUGUAAGUUCGUCCGUCGAAUCCAGAUUAUUGAUAAACAUCACUAAUGCUCUGGUAAAUAGUUGAUUCUGGACUCUGUUG